CGCAAACACAAGUUGAAAUGAAAUGAAACGCCAUCUAUAUAUAUUAGUGCAUCAUCCUCUUCAUAUUAACCCGUGAAAAGAAAUGGAGAAGAAAGAGAAAGAAAGCCGAGAAGCGCAGAUGAAAUCACCAUCUCCAAAAAUCGACCGCGACGAUGAGCCUGAGAUCAACUACAGAGGCCUCAAAGUCAUGCCUUUCGUCAUCGGAAAUGAAACCUUCGAAAAAUUGGGAGCAAUCGGCACAUUGUCAAACCUACAAGUGUAUCUCACCACAGUGUUCAACAUGAAACGCAUUUCCGCAACUUCACUCAUCAACAUCUUCAACGGCACCACCAACCUCGCCACCUUAGUCGGAGCCUACCUCAGCGACACCCACCUUGGCCGCUACAAGACCCUCGGAUACGGCUCCAUCGCCUCCUUUCUCGGCCUGCUGGUGGUCAGCCUCACAGCAGUGUUCAAGAAUCUCCACCCACCACACUGCGACCAGCCAGGUGGCAGUGGGUGUGUGGGGGCGGACGCCGGGCAGCUGGCUUUCCUGCUGCUCGGAUUCGGGCUGAUGGUGGUCGGCGCCGGCGGGAUUAGGCCGUGCAACCUGGCGUUUGGCGCCGAUCAGUUUAAUCCGAAGACGGAGUCCGGGAAGAGGGGAGUGGACAGCUUCUUCAACUGGUAUUACUUCACGGUGACGUUUGCGGAGAUCGUGUCGGUGACGCUCGUCGUCUACGUGCAGUCGAAUCUGAGCUGGUCGAUCGGGCUGGCGAUUCCGGCCAUCUUCAUGUUUCUGUCGUGUUUUUUGUAUUUCGUGGCGUCGAACAUGUAUGUGAAGGUGCUGCCGGAGGGGAGUCCGAUUACCAGCUUGGUUCAGGUGGCGGUGGCCGCCGCCAAGAAGAGGCGGCUGGCUUCGCCGGAGCAGCCGUGGAUCAGCUUGUUCAGAUAUACGCCGACUAAGUCUCUCAAUUCUAAGCUGCCCUACACUGAUCAAUUCAGAUUCCUGGACAAAGCUGCAAUCAUAUGUGAAGAAGACAAGAUAAACCCGGAAGGAACACCGGCAAAUCCAUGGCGACUAUGCAGCAUGCAGCAAGUCGAAGAAGCCAAAUGCAUCCUCCGCGUCAUCCCCGUCUCCCUCACCGCCGUCCUCUACCACAUUGGCGCCCAACAGCAGUACCUCGUCUUCCAAGCCCUCCAAUCCGACCGCCGUCUCGGCUCCACCUCCUUCCACAUCCCGGCCGGCUCCUACGUCAUCUUCGCCAUGCUCACCAUCACCCUCUGGGUCCCCCUCUCCGACUGCCUCCUGCGCCGCCUCAACGGCCGCGUCACCGUCCUCCACCGCAUCGGCGCCGGCCUCUUCCUCACCAUCGUCGAGUCCGUCGUCGCCGCCCUCGUCGAGGAGCGCCGCCGCACGGCCGCCCUCCGCAGCGGCGGUGGCGUCUCCCCCAUGUCGGCGAUGUGGCUAGUGCCACAGCUGGCGCUGGGCGGCCUCGCGGAGGCGCUUAACGCCAUCGGGCAGCUCGAGUUUUACUACAAGCAGUUCCCGGAGAAUAUGAGGAGCGUCGCCGGCGCCUUCUUCUUCCUUGGCAGCGCGGCGUCGAAUUACGCCUACAGCUUCCUCAUCUCCACCGUGCAUCGGAUGACGGCCAAGGAUUCGGGCGGGAACUGGCUGCCCGAGGAUUUGAACCAAGGGAGGCUCGAUUACUUCUACUACCUUGUUGCUGUUUUGUGUUCUUUCAAUUUCUGCUACUUUCUCGUCUGCGCAAAUUGGUAUCGGUACAAGACCACCGACGUUCAUGACGUAACCCUUGUUUCUCCGAACAAACUCGAUCAUCAUUCUGCCUGAUUGAGUUCAGCGAUGCACACCAGAACUCACAUUAAUAUGAUAUUGUCCGUUUUGGACUUAAGUUUUCACAAUUUUAAGACACUUCCCAAAAGGCCUCAUCCUAGCUGCACUUGUAUAUUGCUUGCACAUGUACUCCACUGAUUUGGACCACAACAAUUAUUUAUAAAUAUAGAGAAAAUGGGAAGACAAAAAAGAAACUGAUGAAUUUCCCUACUA